GUGUGCGCAGAGCCAAAAUGUGCAAAUGUGAACUUUGCCAGAAGGAACACUUGCAACAGGUGUGGGAAAGAACGAAGUGGAUCAGGAGCUGCAGCAGCUGCUAAUGCCGAGAAAAAAAGACAACUAGGAAUGGAAAUCGGCAAAGCAGCAGCAGAGAAAUCCCAUGGCCUUUUUAGUGCUGAUGACUGGCAGUGUAGCAAAUGUGGAAAUGUGAAUUGGGCCAGACGGCAAACCUGUAACAUGUGUAAUGCACCAAAGUUUGGAGACCUGGAAGAGCGCACAGGGUAUGGUGGUGGAUUCAACGAAAGGGAAGGUGUAGAAUACAUCCAUAGAGACGAGUCAGAUGAUGAAUUUGAUGAAUUUGGACGUAAGAAAAAGAAGUUUCGUACCAGGAAUCAACAGCUUUCAGGAGACAACAAAAAAGAGCCUCCUACUGUAGUUAGAGAUGAUGAUGAUGAAGAUGAGGACGAUGAGGAUGAUGAUGGAGAUCUUUCUAAGUAUGAUAUUUGGGGUGAUGCUGACGAUGACGAUACAACCAAAGAUGACAAGAGUAAGAAUGGUAAAGAAUUGGAUGACUCCCCUCGGAAAAGUCGCACAUCAUCAAGAUCAAGGUCAAGAUCCCGUCAUUGGUCAAGGUCGAAAUCCCGAUCGAGGUCACAUUCCCCAGGAAGGCGGAGUUCCAGGUCCAACUCAAGGUCAUGUUCCCGCUCUUCCAGAUCUUCCAACUCUAGAUCUAGGUCCUCGAGGUCAUCCUCAAGGUCAUGGUCAAGGUCGCGUCGGAGGCGAAGCAACUCUACAUCCAGAUCUCCCAGCUCACGGAGGAGGAGAUAUAGGUCAAGGUAAACGGGUAACUUAGGUAAAAGGUUAAUAUCAUUUCUCAAGUAUUUCUUAUAAUGGGCUAUGAUUUUUCUCCUAAACUCGAUGUUUGAGGUAGGAAUAAUUUGUGGUUUUUAAUUUUUCAAAGCACUCUAAGCAUAGCUUGUCAUGUUUGUACACUCUUCUCUUUUUAAU